ACAGUGUGUGUGUGUGUGUGUAGUUGUGAGCACAGACACACCAACACGGCAUAUAUAUAAAAAUAUUUGUAUUUCCAUCCGUGCAAUUGAAAGUGUCUGAUGGUAGUGUUGGGCAACCAACAGCUGCGUCGCUGAGCCAGUGUAGUCUCAGCACUCAAUCUCGCACUUCAUUCACAUCUCGACACUCGGUGUGUUCAGAUCGGUGUGUUUUGUCCCGGUUUUACAGAGCAAGGCUCUCAAAUAGACCCAGUAUUUGGCAUAGUGAAUCCGUGUGAGGAUUGCACAAGGACCACCAGUAAUUGGGAAAUUAUGGUUUUUCGCAUGUUUAUGGCGGUUCACCGUCCACACUGUUGCGAGUAUGGUGCAGGAGCUGUGACGAAUCCGUGCGACUCUGUGACCAAUCCACUGCUAAAGUUCACCCAAUGCGAAGAUAUCACGCACUCUUGGAAUUCGCUGCCACCAAGUGAGGUGCCCAUUUGGUAGUUCUCCUCAGUUUUUCGUUCAGUGUGUCAUUUCUUUUCUGUUUCGUUUCGCAUUCGGCAAGGACAAGGAGUGUGUUAGGAUCCCUGUGUGAUCAUUUAGGCGACCAGUCGCACUGCGAACAGACUCUGAUAGAGAAAAAAGGCUAUAUAGAAGCUGCUGCUGAGGUCAGCCAUAUAAAGUGUGUUCACACGCAAAGUUUUAUAAACUGUUCUUGGAAGUGAAAUACUCUGUCAAGUAUUUCGGACUGAAGUUAGAUUGGCUUGUGCGGAGAAUAAGUGCAAGUUUUGGUGUCUUGUGAGAAAUUUCGUGUAAGAUGUCCACAGGCAAGCGCCUAGCUAAGCGUUCCAUAAUCGGUACCCGUGUCUGUGCACCCGGCACUGACGGACUCUUUUACUCCGGUGUCAUACACUCGGUGCGCACUCCUGCGAACGCCCAGGAGAACAACAAUUGCAUCAACUUGACGCCGAACACCAAGUACUCGGUGCGCUUUGAUCAGAAGCAGGACCUCGGUCGGCGUGGACUGAAUCGUGAGUUUCGGGACACUGAAUUGAUCGGACCGGGCUUUCAGAGUGUCAUGAAUGUACACUUGCGCCCAGGCCAGAAGGUCUUUCUCACCUUCAACGGACGCGAGAGUGCCGGCGAAGUGAUCACACAUGACAACAUCAAGGACGAAGUGAACGUGAGGAUUACACCGCUCGGACAAGAGGCACAUUUGGAGCUGAAGAAGCGCUUGGAGGAAGUUCGCCUCCUGGAAUCGAGGAGAUCAGCACGUUUGGCGGAUCAAGAGCGCGACACGGACUUCGCCAGGCUGGCCGACAUGGCGGGCGAUCGUCGCAGGGCAUCGCACAGCAUUGAUGUUCCACUUGGAUUUGCCCAGCAAAACAAUGGAUCACGCAAACGUCGCACUUCCUACUCACAAGAUGACAUUUACAACGAUGAUGAUCCCAUGGACGAAUGCAAUGCUGCUCUUGUCCUCAUGAGCCUCUCCUGUUCACCACAUUCUCCACGUACAGUUGUCUCCCAGUGGCACUCUGUAUUUGGCUCCAGUCCCGGGAGCACCAGCGGGGCUUCCUGGUCAUCAUCCGGCACCUCGUCGCCACCAUUGAGCGAUGAGGGCGCUCCCAGUAGUACAAACGGACGCAUUCGCACUACAUCCCUUUCCACAUCUGACGAGGGCAUCGUCAUGGACUACAAUGAGGAGAUGCCGCGCAAAAAGAGGGCAAAUGGACCGCUGUUCAAGUGUGUUUGGAAGGGAUGCAACGUCAUCCACUCAACAGUGUCCCAGAUUGAAGCACACAUUCGCAAUGCACAUUUAGGGCCAAAGAAGCCACGUCAAUCGUUGGACGACGAUGGCACCUUCAGCGACAGUGAUCACGAGGAGGAGUUCUACUACACAGAGCUGGAGGACGAGGAAGAUACCGCUGCUCCCAGUCCACCUUCGCCGCCCACGCUCAGUCAUCGCGAUAUGGCAAGACCGCCACAUGAAGAUCCAGAGUAUCAGCGCCAAAUCGUGGGCAGCUUCAGACAAGGAUUCCUGUCCCUGCAGCAGACUCCAGUAAAGCCACCGCUUCCCAUCGGCCAUGCCGGACCCAUCAGUAUUCCCAACGCGAUUCUGCCACAGCACAACUACUCGUGGUCUCACCAGCAGAGUCCGGUGAGUCGAUCACUCCCCAAGGCAUCACCGCAGAAGCACGUCCGACUGUCGCCGCGUCCGUCCACGUCGUACGCUCCCUACCCGUCGCCGACAUACACGAACGCCAUCACGGCGGUGCAGCACAACGUGAACAUCUACAUGCCCGUGAAUCAGGGCGCUGUGGUGGCUCACAAUGCGCCCGCCGCUCACCGAUCGCCACUGUCGCCGAAUCGGCGCACGCGCGGCGAGAACAAGAAGUGCCGGAAGGUGUACGGAAUGGAGCACAAGGAUCAGUGGUGCACACAGUGCAAGUGGAAGAAGGCUUGCAGUCGGUUCGGGGACUGAAAAAAGGCCAAGAAAUAAUUUGCCCAAAAACAGACAACGUCCCAUCGAAUUGCGCGCGCAAACCCAGGGCAAGUUAUUUAGUCAAUGCAUCAAAGACCAUCCACAUCUUCCCCCAAGCAAAAUGAAAAUGAUUUCAACAAAAAAAACAAUCCAUCGAUGAGCUCAACAGUUUCAGGAGGACGACUUUAAAGAGAUGGACAAUACGGAGAAAAUAUUUCCAUGCCACGACUUGUGCGAUUGAGAGUUGACAAGGGAAAGCGUAUUUUAAUGGAGAAAACACAAACUUUUAGCCGUGAUGCGGAAGAAAUUCAUUCAAUUUUAAACUUCUAGGAACAGUAUAGGAAGCUUAUAGGAUGUCAAUAAUUGAGUUUGAAUCUUAUCAAGACGUACAAGUAGAUUUGCAAAUGUCUGUGGAAUGCUUCGUAGAAACCUCUUCUUCUGAGAAAUAUUUGUGGUGUAGAACAGUCGAUAAGAUAUCCACUGUGUUAAUUGGUAGAUGUGUGAGAAAGUCUCAAUAGAAGGCAUGAUUAAAUUUGUAAAAAGAAAAAAAGAAUUAUAUCUCAAAGAAAAUUGAAAAGAUAAAACUCAUAGGAAGUGAUAAUGAUGCUAGAAAGCUUCACUUUGUUUAACAUUUUCUUCUAUAUAAGAUUUCUUUUCCUUUUUGCAGCAAGCAAUGUUUUACGGCACGCCAUUUUUCCCUCAAUGUUUGUGCAUUAAUCAAAAGUGAAAGUAAAGAGAAAAAAAGGUAAAUAGAAGUUGUCAAAAGAAUGAUUAUGAUGUGAGAAAAAAUAAAUUGAUAUGUAUCGUGGAAAAAAAUAUCUCUACAAAAAUAGAAAAGAAAAAGAUAUCACGUAAAAAAAAUACCUAAAUAGCAUAACCCUGAUAAAAUAUGUAAACUAAUAAAGAAAUAUCUAGACAAACCAAAAAAAAAGAAGAAACAAAUAUUGUGAAGAGGAAAUAUUUAAGCAUGGAAGCAGAAAUAUAUUUUUUUAAAGAUGGAGCAACAUUAUUUUUUGCAUAAAACAAAAGGGAACCAGAAGAAAAGAUUUAUAAUAAAAAAAAUAAUAGAGAAAAAGUGUUAUUUUUCAAAACACCAGAAAUUUUAUAGUGGCAAACUCAAAAGAUUCUAUUUAACCACUGAUGAAAGUGCAAAAUAACAGCAAAAUCUUUUCCAACAACCAUACAAAACUCAUAUUCCGGAAAGUUGAAGUUUCGGAAGUAAAAAAGAAAAAGAUAAAGAGAAAUUACAGCCCAAGAUCACAAAAUCACGAUCACUGUUUGUGGCAGAUUUAAAUAAAGCAAGGCAGUCAGUUGAUGUUUCGAGAUCGGUCAAAUGUGAAAUUGAAUGAGAAUAUUAAAAAAAACAAAAAUGUGAAAAAUUUGAGAAGAAUAAAAAGGGGAAAAAUGUGAAUUCGAAUUAAAGAGCAGAGCAAAAAAUUUCGGCAGUGUUUGAAAGCACUUAAAUUUGCUAGUUUGAGAAAUGGAGGUUUCAGUAAUGGCAGAAUAAGGAGACAAUUGGCAAAAUAUUUUUCAUCGUUCUAUCUCUUAAAGACGUACGACAAAAAGAAGUCCAGACUAUUUUAUGAAGCAGGAGUAAAAAAGAAACAAUUCGAUUGAGGAUAAUUUGAGUAAAGAAAGUAAACUAGAAAAGAAAAGAUUUUAACGAAGAAAAGAUUAUAGAAACAAUAAAAAUCGAUAAGGCUGAUUUAGUUGUUACGUGUUUUACCAUAUCAAUUUAUUGAAAAUGAUGAGAAAAUACUAGUAAAAGUGGAAAUCUUGCAAAAUAUGUAAAAGUUUUUAUCAAAUAUUUUUAUGUUGUCAAAUAUUAAUUCCCUCGUUGCGUUAGUAUUUUUUUCACAAAAUGUGUUUCAAAUGAUUUUUUUUAAAUGAUUUUCGAUACCACCUAAAUAUGAGAAAGUCCCCGUCUAAUGUGGCUAAUAUAUAUAUAAUUUUUAAUCAUAAAGUGACCGACAAAUUAAAAAAUACUUUUUACAAGCAUCGUCAAUUUUUUUGUCAAUGUUUUUUUUGUUAUUUAAUUUUUGUGUCAAGUCGAAAAAGAGUAAAAUUAAUUGUUAUUGAAGAAACACUGCCAAGACUUAAAAUCAAUCUGGUGCGUACUUUAAAAAAAAAAUGAGAAAAAAUUUAUAGUAAUAGAAGUGAAUGAGAAGAAAAACUUUAAUAUUAAAACAAAACGAGAUGAGUAAUUAAAGAAAAAAAAAUCAUAAAAUAGCAUUUUUGUCGGCAAACAAUUCGAAUUUAUAAAGAAAAAAAUCAAAUAAGUGUUUAACAAUCGCGCGAAGAACCUACAAAAACAAAAACAAGAAAAUACGAUCGUGAGCAACACCACACAACGUUUUGGCCCCUUCAUCAUUUUCUCGUAAGACGACUAAAACCAAAAUCUUACAGAGGAACUCACGCAAGUUCACUGCAAAUGAGAAAUGAUCUUCAGCCGAAUUGAGGGUCGCAGAGUUAAGUCCUCGAUCGGCGCAAUUUCUUACUAUAAAACAAGAACUAAUUGACUGAUGUUGUCUUUGCUGAAUGAAACGUGAACUGAUUGCGUUUCCAUGACAACAAAGUGUAUGAGAGAUGAAAAACAAGAAAUAAAUAUAAAAGACUUAUAUUUUUGCCUAUUAUUGUACAAAAAAAAGUGGGAAAAAAAUUAAAAAGAAGAUGAAAAAGAGAAAACAAAGAAAAAUACUGAAGAAGAUGAACCUACAAAAAGAAUCGCCAUCACACAGGAUGGCACAAUUGAGAUGAUUAUAGAGGUGUAGAGAUUUAAUUUUUAAUGUGAGACACUCUGCAAAUAUCUGAUGGAGAAAAAAAAAAAAAUAUAUAUAUAUAUAUAUAAUAUUAACUAUUACUAUUAAAUUAUUGAAUAAGAGAUAAGUGAGAAAAUAUGAGAUAUAUACAAAAUAUUCAAUAUAAAUUUUACUAAUAGUGUUUAAGGACGUAAAGAGAGAAACUGAAAGAGAGAAGAAUACAAUAUAACAAUAUAUAUAUAUAUAUUACUAAUUCUUAAGAAGAACAGAAGAAAAAACAUAUUGAUAAUAACUUUAAGAAACUCAAUGGAUCUCUAUCGUUAAAUACUUUCAAUGUUUUCCACUUUUUUUCCGAAGCAAAUGAUAAUUGAGGAUGGAAUAUUAUUAUAAUAUAUUUAAAAUAUAGAGAGAAAAAAUUAUUGAUAAACAUAUGUGGACGCGUUACCAGAGGAGGAUAUUAAAUUUAAUUUUUAAUAUGGUUGUAAAUGUGACAAACUUUUACUUUACGGUUAGUUUUAUUAUUUCUUUUGUAAAUGUUAGGAAAACUCUUCCACGAUCACAAAGCGCCCCUUCCCAAUCACCACAGCUGGAAGGGUGAGUUUCUUUCGGGGUUCACUGUGAAAUCCAGGGACUCUGUUGUCCUUCAGGAUCAAUUUCAUAAUGCGAUCUUUAUCACGAAAGCGCACGAUCAAUGAUCGCGUCUGGAAUUCACCCCGAAUGACAAUGUCGCACGCGAUCAAUUUGUAUUGCGAUCAUCGCGAUGGCCAUGCAAAUUGAUCACCCACGAUCAAUGGACUGCGAUUGAUCUUUAAGGUGUGCCCUUCUCUUCUUGUCAUCUCUCGCGAUCUCGCCGGCGAUCUUGUCGGUGAUCUUCAGAGGUGGCCAGCAGAGAGGGCCACAAAACGCGUAAAAGCCUCACGCAAUUCUCUUUGCAUUUUGUUAUUCUUUCUGCGCUUCUUUCAACACCCAUUUGCUGAUCUUAUUUCCUUCGUACGUGAUCAACUUAUACGAGAAGCAAUCGUGAAACAAUGCGUGCAAUGAAACAUGAAGAAUUCUUGCAUCUUUUUGAGUGAAUGAGGGAGAUUAAAUUGUGGAAAAGAUAAUCCUCGAAAAAAAAAAUAGACAAAACACUGAACUUGAACUAAAUUCUCCUCGGAAUUCACGUCACGCAAAUUGCAAAUCGUGUAAUAAAAGCUAUAAAUGAUGAUUUUCAAAUCAAUUACCUCUACAUGAAUAUUGAUGUGAAAGAAAAAAAAGAGCAAAAAGAACACCAUAACUCUGAGAAAUAAUAUUUGUAAUAUUUAAUGGAUGAAAGAACGAUAUAUAAAAAGAUGAUUGAAGAUAGCAAGAAGAAAAUAACAAGAUGAAAGCACUUAAAAGUACAUGAACAAUCUAUUUAGAUGCAAUAUAAAUUAUUCAUAUUAUACACUUAUUAUUAAAAUAGUAAUUAUUACUUAUGCAAGAUGGUGAAAAUACAAAGUGAGAAAAUUAAUAAAAAAUGAUGAUCCUCUACUGAAUGAACCAUUUCAAUAUGUAAAAAAGAAAAGAAAACUCUUUAAUUAUUAAGACACCCAGAAGAAAAAGAAGGAGAAGAACUUUACAAAAUUGAGGAGGAAGUUUAUUGCAUAGAUGAGUGUCGUUGAAGAAUAAAAAAAAGCAGAAUAUUAUCUAUUAAAUAUUAAUUAUAACUUGAUAGAAUAACAACUAAUAAUAUACACGAAAAAAAUGGAAAAUAUCUUAUAUUUCGGAUGAUGAGAGACAAUGGAAAAUUAAUUGUAUGAAUUUUAUGGCUAUAACUUUUAAAUUUUACUUCUUACAUAAGGUUUAAAUUUUACAAGACAAACAAGAAGAAAAACAAGUACAUCAAGUUACAAAUUAAUUUUAAGACGAUAAUCGUGGUGAAGAAAAUCCUAGAAAUUUGUUAAAUGACGGCAUUAGUUUUGGCGCUUGUUUUACCCACAAGAGAAAAUUCUCGGAUUAUUAUUUUUAGUUAUGGUAUUCAUUUGGAAAUUUGAUAUAUAUGAAUAUAUUUCUUUUCGUAUUUAUAUAGUCCACACACUCUCAAAAAGUCGUAUUUGCAAUUUUACUGCAAUUCAUGCAAUUUCCCUGUAAUACUUUUAUAUAUUAUACAAUAUAUAUUUGCAAUAUUUAUUUACUUACUUUACUUGCAUAUUUUUUUUCUUAAUUUUCACACACUUACAGCUUGAAUGUCGCAACGUAAAGUACAUUGAGAGAAGGUUACACAGUGACAGUUGGCUUUGUAGAAAUGUUUGGCGGCAAAGAGUUAUGAAAAUAUUGUUGGCGAAACAUUUUUGCAGAAACACCCUGUGUUGAGUUGUUUCAUAUUUUGCAAGGAUGAGCAUCAUUGAUAUAAUUGUACUAUAUUUAUACAAUUUUUUGAUGAUAAAGAAACAAAAAAACAAACAAUUGAACGACAAGAGCGGAAAUAUUGUUGCAAAUAUUUGUAUGUUAAAUAUAAUUUUGACGUUCUUUUUUGCUAUUAUAUAUUUAAAAAGAAAAAAUGGUAUGAUAAAGAAAAUGUAAAAUAAAUUUAUUAUACAUGAUUACUAUUUAAUAAAAGAAAAUCUAUUGAUGAUUUAUUUCUCAAGAAUACAUUUUUUUUCUUUUUCUUUCCUUCAAAAGCUCAAAAGCCACUCUUUUUUUUGUUCUUUAUGUUUCGCGAGUCCCUGAUUUUUUUUAUGUUUGCUCUUGAACAACAGCUGAGUUGAUUAUGAGAAAUAUUGUUAAGAUUUUCUUCCGAUAAUGUAGCCAUUUGUACCUAAGAUUUCUUAAAAAUACCAACAUUUUUACAAUUUAAACAAAAAUUUCACAUCUUAGCUGGUAAGUGUUUGAUUGUUUCUACUCUUACAUCAUCGUUUUAAUUGCCUUAAUGAUAACGAAAAAAAAUGUUCACUUUCUGGACGCCAGGAGAGCUUUAGGUUUAGGUGUCCUCGAUCGGAGUAUUAGUGGUUAAUAGUCUUUAAGUGGAAACUCCUCAUUUCUACCGUGUAUUUUGUAAUAAUUUAUUGUUUCGACACUUUUCCACUCUGUGACAGUCAUUUUGCCUAUUAAUCGUUUGUAAAUAAGAUCGCUUAAUAUUUAAUCUUGAGUGUCUCAUUUUCUCAUCUCAAACAGUAAAAUUCUCGAGACAAUAAAAGAUGUUUGAUGUUUCAUUGUUUCCACCAAUCACUUUGGUGCGUCUCUUUUACAAUUGUUUCAUCAACAAUAUUUUUUAUCGUCUCUCAAGCUCAAUGUCAGAAAUCUUCUCAGACUCACAAUUGAGUAUUUUUCUUUAAUUGAAACAUAUUUAAAUCUUAUUAACUAUAUUAUUGAGAACAUAAUGCACCGAAAAAGGCAUGAAACAGUGGCAUAUUUCUUGUACACUUUACAUUAUUAUAUAGUUUAUUAAUAAGGGAUUCCCAAUUGAUAUAUACUUCUUUUUUGUUUGUAAAAUAUCUUACUUUAAUUAUUGUGUUGUUUCCUAAAACCCACAUCAAGACAUGAUAUAAGAAAUAGGUAAAAAGAUAGUGUGAAGAUAACAAUUGUACAUAUUACAGAAAUGAUGGUAUAUAAUUGUGAUUGCUAUAGACAAAAGGCUUCAGGAUGUAAACUCACAACAGUACAGAAAUGGCGAAUGAUGAGUUUACGGACUGGCUGACAUAAUAAUUGCAUACAGAAUAAAGAAACAUAUAGGACGAAGGUGAGGCGAUAAAAGGAAAUAAUUAAUUGUUACAGAAAUAGUUAAAGGCAAAUAUUCUUGAGCAAAACACUCACUCUCACACUCUCUAAAUUGAAGAUUGAAAAAAUACUUUUUCUUUGGGGUGCGACGAGAGAGGCUCAAAGUUUCCCGCCAAAAAGCACAAACUGAACUCUUGAACUGAUUGAAAUUAUAAAGAAAAUCGAGGUAUUCAGACUUUUCUAACCGACAAAAUCCUUCAACCUGCUGUUUUUUCUAUUUGUAAACACAUUCUAUAUAUCGACAAACUGGUAACUCUACAUAGAACAAGAAUCACCGCCAACUAGUGGUGGGAAGACCUUUGACCUCUAAUAUCUUUCAGAUAAAAAAAAUCAAGGAUAAAAAAUUCACAAUCAUUGUCUCAUGCCAAGAAUUGCGAUGCUCGCAUUGCAGCUUCUUGACUUGAGUUUAGCUUAAGAGUUGUGUCUCGAGAUAUAUUCCAUCUCUAAAAAGAAAA